UCCGCCCCCAACGUGCGCGAGUCUGACGUCACUUCCGCCAGCGACCCCCCCUUCUCGACCCUGCACCCCUACACCUUAGGAUCAGAGCGGCUCGCGGGGGUGUUUGCAGGUGCGCGCCUGCUCCCCGGGGCGCGGGGCUGCCAUGGCCCCCAGCCACCUGUCGGUGCGGGAGAUGAGGGAGGACGAGAAGGCGCUGGUGCUGGAGAUGCUGAAGGCUGGUGUGAAGGACAUGGAGAACCGAGUGGCCCUGCACGCCCUGACACGGCCGCCCACCCUGCUGCUCCUGGCGGCGGCCAGCAGCGGCCUGCGCUUCGUCCUGGCCUCCUUUGCUCUGGCCCUCCUCCUGCCUGUGCUCCUGGCCGUGGUGGCCCUGAAGCUGGGCCUGCGGGCCCGGUGGGGCUCGCUGCCUCCGCCGGGCGGCCUAGGGGGGCCCUGGGUGGCGGUGCGGGGCUCAGGGGAUGUGUGCGGGGUCCUGGCCCUGGCUCCCGGCUCCCACACUGGGGACGGGGCCCGGGUCACCCGCCUCUCCGUCUCCCGCUGGCACCGCCGCCAAGGUGUGGGCAGGCGGCUGCUGGCCUUUGCAGAGUCCCGGGCACGUGCCUGGGCAGGGGGCAUGGGGGAGCCCCGAGCCCGCCUCGUGGUCCCCGUGGCUGUGGCGGCCUGGGGCGUGGCAGGGAUGCUGGAAGGCUGUGGCUACCAGGCAGAGGGGGGCUGGGGCUGCAUGGGCUACACACUGGUGAGGGAGUUCAGCAAGGACCUGUGACUCCAACCUGAGCACCUACUGUGUGCGUGACCACCUACUGUGCGCGGGCACAUCCCCAGCCUCCCUGUGACCCAGGGCUCAGGGACUCAGACCUGCGAGGCUGAGACACGCCAGCCACCGCAGGCUGAGGCCCAUGUGUGGUGUGUGAACUUCUCAGAGAGGGCGGCCUGCCCCGCCUCCGGCCUCCCUCUGCGCUGAGAGACCUCCCGCCUGUCUCUCGCUGCAGGUCUGCACCUCCCGAGCUCCCGCCUGGCCUGGGAGCGACUCCCUCCCAGGAGGAGAGGGGGCUGACCAAGUUUGACGCCCAAGGGUUAGGACUCGGGACAAGGGCCCCCCCCACAUAGGGCUGAGGCCCCUGCGAACGGGGUGGGGUUUGAUGCCUGUGCGUGAAGGGGGUGAGUCUGGAGCCAGGCGCUGAGCGGAGCCUUGUAGGGGAGCUGUCUCCUGGAGAGGCCGUGAGGAGGAGGAGGAGGAGGAGGCGGACACAGGGCAGCCCGGCGCCCGCCCCCCGGGGAAGGUGGGAGCCCGGGGCCGCCAGACCCAUCUGGUUUUUUACACCCGGUUGUUAAUAAAGCCUGAAACCGCUGCGGCCGGCUCCCUCUCUCUGAUGCCUUUUCCAGUCUGUCUCCGCACCCCCUUCCGUCUGGCUCCUCCUUCCUCUGAGUUGACAUUAAUUGUCGGCGGGGGUGCUGGCCUGGGAGAAGGGGAGGUGAUGAGCUCACAGCGGCCCGCUCCUAGCCAGCCGGCUGACUCACGCUCCCCAUUACCCAAGUUUUCCGCCUCCCGCCGCCUGCUGCGGGGUGUGAGUGUGUGUGAGUGCGGCCGCCUCCCCGCCCAGGCCUCGACCUUCCUCCGUCUGCCACCCACCACCCUGAUCCCCUGGACGGGGGGAGGGGGGAACAUAGAGGCUCCACCGCCUCCCCCUGCGAUGGGGGCUGUGCAUCCCGGCGGAGCGGGGAGGGUGUCUCAGGCUCCUCUCCCGGCUCAGGAAGUCCCUCCUGGUGUCUGGCUGGAAGCCCUCUUGCUGCUGAACCGUGACUCCCAAGCCCAGCAAACCCCUGUGAAUCCAGCCUCCGGCCCCUCCGCCAGGGUCCCCCCACGCUUCCCUGGCUGGAGAGGAGAGCAGGCAGACGGGUGGGCGCCCUGCCCACGCGGCCUCCACGUGCGCCCCGUCUGUCCGUCCGG